AUGCGAGGGGCAGCGCAGCGGAGGCUGAGCCGCAGCAUCUUCGUCGUUCGGGUCCAGUCUACCUGUCUCUACCGCCUCCUGUUGAUCCCGCGCGCAGGUGGUGCCAUGUUAGGUCUCAUUGCUCUCGUCCAAGUGCUUGUCGGCCAUGCCCGCAUCGUCAUGUGGGGGUUCCUGAGGGCGAUGUCGGCUCUGCGCGUUCACAUGUUGUUGGUGUUCCUCCUCUUGUUCAGUCUGCACUCUACGAGCAGUCGCUCAUGCGAGCUGCUGAGGGCGGACGGUCCUGGUGUACGCAACGUAGAGGAGCGACGCGUGGGGGACAUUGCUUUCGCGUUCUCUGACAGACCUCUAUGGAACGGCAAGUGGGAGCCUUCCAAGAAGUUAGAGGAAGGGAUGGGAGGGGGGGACGAGGGGGAGGGCGGGGUACAGCUCACAGCGUAUCAUUCACUGGCGUUGGAGGCCUGGGACCUUGUGAGGAAAGAGUUCAUCGACCAGAACGCAUUGAACCAGGCAAGUGAUAGCAGGAAUGUGAAGGGAAGUGAUCUCUGUAUGCAGAGACUGGAUUCCCCGGAACUUAACAAGCUGUUUGGGGCUAGCAAGAACCAGGUGGUCACAUGGGAUGAGAUCCCUCGACUCAUCCGGGGCCGCAAGAUAGAAACCCGGGAUGAAUGUUACGGGCUGAUCGACACGAUGGUCUCGAGCCUUCCAGACAAAUACACAAGGUUCUACCGCCCAAGCCAGCUUACCGAGCUGAUCCAAGUGAUUGACCCCAACGGGGAGGACGAGGAGGAAGGGGACGUUGGACUGUCGCUGCAGAGAGGAUUCGUGGCUAGUCUAUUCAUCUCAGAUGACGAUGGCCUGCCUUGCUCGCGUAUUCGCUUCUCUCCUUCGCUCUGGAUCCGGCGAGUUCGUCCCAACGGCCCAGCGGACGCAGCAGGGCUGAAGAGAGGAGAUAGGCAUCAGCCUCCUUCCUCCGUGAUCGAGUUGACGAGGAGUAAGAUGCCGUCGGAGGAGGCUGCCUGGGGGAUGCGGAUGGCCUGCAGCAUCAAACAGGAUGGGAUCGUUAGAAACAAGGACGUCGGACUCUUUCUCACCUCCUUGAAGCUGGAAGAAGCCGUCACCCGGCUGCACCGAGAAGGAGGUAUCGAUCUUUACAUGCUGGAUCUCAGGGGCAACAUGGGCGGCUUGUUGAGAUCGGGGAUCAGCCUAUGUGAAUCCGUCCUGCCCAACGGGGAGAUCCUUGUCGACGAGGGCACAGCCUCCAGCAGCGAGCUGGUUGCUGCGGCUCUAAGAGACUCCGGUCGAGCUAUCCUGGUGGGCACGACAACAUUCGGCAAGGGAACCAUUCAGGCAAUCCCUGACCUCCUCGCGAUCGUGAGGCUCUCCGAUCGGAGUGGCGUGCAGCUGACUAUCGCCAAGUUCGACUCGCCUAAGCACUGUGGCAUUGCGGGGAGCGGGUUGAUACCAGACAUUUUUGUCGAACAUCUCAACGAGGAGGAAGAAGUGAGCAAGCUUGAUCUCCUAUGCCAUUCUCACGCAAACUACAGGCUGUGCAACAAGCUUGGAAUAUCCUGUGUAGAAGUAGGUAUGCAUGUAGAAUUUGAAAUCAAAUAG